AUGUCAUCAAAUAAGAAAUCUAAUAGAAUAGGACUGAAUCCGACAUCUGCCGCAUUAAAUUUAACUGAACACCCCAAGGACCAGAAUGAAUCUAUAUGUAAUGAAAACGCACAAAAAAGGGAAGAAAACUCGGAUGACGAAAUUAAGGACAGGCCAAAACAUAUUCCGCAGAGAAAUGGUAAUACAAUAGAGCGAGAAUCAACAAACUAUUUUCCUGAAAUUGAAAACAGCCUGUAUCAUAACCCUCUACCAAUUUACAAUACUAAACAGAGGGAAUUAGGACACCGCCUUAAAAAGAAAGAUAUAAAUGAAAUAAUCAAAUCGGUGAAUGAUAAUUUAUUUAGGAAGAUGAUGCUUGACAGAUGGAUAAAACUGCACGAACAUGCCAAAAAACCGGUGCACACGUUGAAGGACCAUUUAUCCUAUUAUUUGGGAAAAUUAAAAAGUCCGUAUAGCGUGGAUGGGAACCUUGAGAGGGGACAAGUGCAGAGCACAAAUGAUACUAUUCACACAACCAUCAGCAUCAUGGAGGAGUAUCAGAAUAGACUGUUUUUCUACUACGUCAUAGGGGAUAAAUUGCCGCACUGA